UCCUAUUUCCUUUCUGCUGCUCUACUAAUACCAACAUUUUCAAAGAAUCUUUUCUUCAUUCUCUCUCUCUCUCUUUGAUUCAUUCGUUAGGCACUUUUUGCAAUUUCCAACCAAAAACAAAAGCUUCAAUCCAAUAAAGCAAAGAACCCAAAAUCAAAAUUAUCGUCUCUCUCACACUCAGAUACUGUAAGAACUUCACAAGGUGAAAUUAUUUUGACAUGGAAGCAGAGACAGCAACCACAGAUGUACCCGCUGUACAAGUUUCAGAACAGAUAGGGGGCAAAGAGGAUCUUAUUAAGGUGUCCAAUGGCGAGAAAGGACAAAAGGAGCACGAAGAGUCUGCUUUUGAUGGAGAGUUUAUAAAAGUAGAGAAGGAAGCUUUGGAAUCAAAGGGUGGUUCACAUGCUGCAGCUGAAGCUUCUCCUGCAGAGGGCAAAGUGUUUGCAAUGGAGCGCAGCUCAAAUAUUUCAUCUGCUAGCAGAGAGUAUCUUGAAGCACAAGAAAAGUCUCAAGAACGUGAGCUUGAAUUGGAAAGAGUUGCUGGAGCAUUAAAAGACACUGAAUCUCAAAAUGUGAAGUUAAAGGAUGAAUUGUCUCUCACAAAAGAGAAGCUGGAGGAAACUGCAAAGAAAUUUGAAGGGCUUGAACUUGAUCACAAGAAAUUGCAAGAACAGAUUGCCGAAGCAGAAAAGAGAUAUAACACUGAGCUUAACGCAUUGCAAGAGGCAUUGCAAGCUCACGAAUUGAAUAGCAAGGAGCAUGUUAAUGUUAAGGAGGCAUUCGACAGACUUAGCCUCGAGUUUGAAAGCUCAAAGAAAAAGAUUGGAGAGCUUGAGCAAGAGCUGCUGACUUCUGCGAGUGAGGCCCGCAAGUUUGAAGAGUUGCACAAACAAAGUGGCUCACUUGCAGAAUCAGAGACAAAGAGGGCCUUGGAUCUUGAGAGAUUUCUGGAGUUGUCGAAACAGAGUGCAAAAGAUGCUGAAGAGCAGAUGACUUCUUUACAAAAAGAACUCAAGGGCCUAAAUGAGAAGAUUGCUGAAAAUCAGAAGGUUGAAGAAGCACUCACGACUACAGCUUCAGAGCUUUCUAAAGUUCAAGGAGAGUUAGAGAUCUCAAAAUCACAAGUGCAAGAUAUUGAGAAGAAAAUUGCAUCAAAAGAAGCUCUUAUAGAUGAAUUAAGCCAAGAGCUAAACAUGAGAAAAGCUUCUGAAUCUCAGGUAAAGGAGGAUAUUUCGGCUGUUGAGCUUCUAUUAUCGUCCAGUAAAGAAGAUCUUCGGGCUAAGUUAUCUGAGUUGGAAGACAUAAAGUUGAAGCUUCAGGAGGAAGUAGGUUUAAAGGAAGAUAUUGAAGCUAAACUGAAAAGCCAGGAAACACAACUCUCGGUGUCGCAGGAGGAGCUGGACAAACUAUCUACAGAGAAGGGAGCUCUUGAAGCUACUGUAGCCGAGCUAAACAAUAAUGUGGUCCAGAUGAAGGAAUUAUGUAGUGAUCUAGAGGUGAAACUGCAGCUCUCAGAUGAGAAAUUCUGGAAUGCAGAUUCUCUUCUUUCUCAAGCUUUAGCAAACAGUGCGGAGCUGGAACAGAAGCUGAAAUCAUUGGAAGAGCUUCACCAUGAAUCUGCAUAUGCCGUAACUACUGCUAACCAGAAAAAUGUUGAGCUUGAGGACAUGCUAAAAAUCUCCAAUACUGCUAUAGAAGAAGCAAAAUCUCAGUUUAAAGAAAUGGAGAAUCGCUGUGCUGCAGCUGAAGAAAGGAAUGUGGAGCUAGAACAGCAAAUAUAUCUGGUGGAACUGAAAAGCAAUGAUACGAAGAGGGAACUAGAGGAGUUCUCGGGGAAAGUUUCUGAACUAAAUGCCACCCUUGAGAAGACCCUGGAAGAAAGGAAACAGCUGGAUACCAGAUUGCAGGAGUACGAGGAGAAGAUAGCUCAUUUGAAUUCUGAGUUGGUCAAGUCAACUAGUCGUAAUUCAGAACUUGAAGCGGAGCUUAAAAGUGUUGCUGACAAGUGCGCUGAGCAUGAAGGUCGGGCCAACACCACUCAUCAACGCAGCCGUGAAUUAGAGGACUUGAUGCUGGUAUCACACUCAAAAGUAGAGGAAACGAGCAAACAGGUGAGUGAUUUGGAGCUAUUGCUCGAAACAGAGAAAUAUAGAAUUCAGGAGCUUGAAGUACAAAUAAGCACAUUAGAGAAGAAAUGUGUGGCGGCAGAAGCAGAAUCUAAGAAGCACUCUGACAGGGUAUCUGAGCUUGAAGCAGAAGUAGAGACAUUCCAAACAAAAUCAUCAAGCCUUGAGGUUGCGUUGGCGGAUACCAAGGAGAAGGAGAAGGAAUUGAGUCAAUGCCUGAACAGUGUGACAGAGGAGAAGAGUAACUUAGAGGAUGUGUACAGGAAUUCAAUUGAAAAACUAGCUGAAACAGAAAACUUGCUUGAGGUCCUGCGUAAUGAAUUAAAUGCCACACAACAGAAACUGGAAGGUAUUGAGAACGAUUUUAGUGCUGCUGGAUUGAGAGAGAGUGAGGUGAUGGAGAAGCUCAAAUCAGCAGAAGAGCAGCUAGAGCAACAAGGAAAGGUUUUGGAGCAAGCAACAACUCGAAGCAUAGAGCUUGAGUCAUUGCAUGACACUCUGAAAAGGGAUUCCGAGCUCAAACUUCAAGAAGCAACUGGCAAAUUUGUUACCAGAGAAUCAGAGGCACAAACAUUGAAUGAGAAACUGAAGGCUCUUGAAGAUCAGCUAAAGAGUUACGAGGAGCAGAUUGGUAAAUCUGCUGAAAGAUUUUCAGCUGUUAAGGAAGAACUGGAUCAGGUGUUGGUGAAGCUGGCUUCAUCUGAAACUGUCAAUGAGGACCUGAAAAAGAAAAUAUUGGAGGCAGAAGAUAAAGCUGCAGACGUUUUAUCUGAAAACCAACAAUUGAUGGACACAAAUAUGCUUCUAAAGAACAGGGUGAGUGAUCUUGAAGAACUAUUAAACUCAGCCCAUGCAGAAAAGGAGGCCAGUGUUCAACAACUAGUUUCUCAUAUGAACACUAUCACAGAACUGUCAGAUCAGCAUUCCAGAGCCUCUGAACUUCAAUCGGCAACUGAAGCCCGCAUAUCAGAAACGGAGGCAAAGCUGCAGGAAGCCAUUCAAAAGUUCACCAACAAAGAGUCUGAAGGUAAAGAGUUAAUGGAUAAGCUACACUCUCUUGAAGCUCUGGUGAAAACAUAUGAAGAGCAGGCUCAUGAAACCACUACUCUGGCUGAAACUCAAAAAGUGGAACUAGAGCAAAGCCGCAAGAAUUUGAGUGGGCUUGAAGGCGUUGUUGAAGAGCUGAAAGGGAAGUGUACCGAACUUAAAAAGGAGAAAGAAGGACUAACUCAAGAGAACUCGGAGCUAAAGGGAGAAGUGGCCUCAAUUGGGUCUAAACUCAAAGAUUUAGAAGCCAAAGUGUCAGCUGUAUCUGCCGAGAAGAAUGAAGCAGUUGAAGAGCUUAAAUCCUCAAACCAGGUUAUAGACAACUUAAAAGAACAGCUUAGUUCUGAAGGACAGAAGCUACAACUUCAGUUAUCAUCCAUUUUGGAGGAGAAUAGCUUGCUCAAUGAAACACAUCAAGCCUCUAAAGAGGAACUGCAAAGUGUCGUAGCACAUCUUGAAGAACAGUUGAAAGAAAUCAAGUCAAGUGAAGAUUCUCUGAAGAGUCAAUUAGAAGUUUUCCAGGCUGAGAUUCAUCAGAAGUCUGAAUUGCAAAGCCGCAUCAAGGAGCUUGAAGAUCACUUAGCUAGUGCUGAGGCGCAAGUGAAAAAAGAGAAAGAGGCUAUGUCCAAUAAGGGGUUGGAGCAGGAGGCAACUUUGAAGAGUUCAUCAGAGGAGCUGCAAGCCAAAAGCAAGGAAGUACUAGUUCUACAAAACAAAGUCAAGGAACUUGACGAGAAAUUGCAGCAGGCUGAUGCUAUCAAGCAGAAGGAUAUUGGCGGCAGUAGUAGUGAUCGAAAGGAUGACAUAGAGGUGAAAUCUAGGGACAUAGACAUUGGACAAAUGCUCUCUACUCCAACAAAGCGAAAGAGCAAGAAGAAGUCGGAAGUCUCUUCAACUCAACCAUCCUCCAGUGAAUCACAAGUUCAACACGUCGAAGGAUCUGCUGCCAUUCCCCUGAAAUUUAUUUUGGGGGUUGCUCUAGUUUCAGUGAUCCUGGGAAUAAUUCUUGGCAAAAGAUAUUAGUUCAAAGGUUUUCUGAGUUUUUGUCUUGUUUCUAGAAUGUGUUAUUCUUUUUUGGUGCGUCUUUUUCCCUUUGUGAUAUUUGAAAAGCACUUGAUCAUUAUUGUUGGUAUCUCACUCGAUAGUUGGGGUGCAAGUUUGUCGGGAAACUGGUUUUAAUAUUUCCCUCAACUUAAUUGAUUAAUGUGGUAAUCAAGGUUGUAUUUAGUUUUGCUCAUGAAUAUGUUUACUUAAGAAAGCAUGGUUAUUGAA